AUGUAUAAAAACUUCAUACCUUUUCGUAAUGCUUCACGUUCCAAUCUUUAUUUAUCGUUUAAAGAUAAACCAUACUCAACAAAAUCUCAACAUACAUCAUCAUACUUGUCACCACAUUUAAAUUAUAAACAUUUCAUAUCGAAUGCUAAAGAAAUUUCGCAAAAUAUUAUAAAUCGUAAUAUAAAAGAUGCGAAUAUUUUUACAGUUUGUUCCUUGUAUGAAAAAUUUCGAAACACUACGACGGAAUUAAAUGCGCUUCGCUCGGAACAUAAUGAAUUAUCAAGAUCUGCUAAUAAAACAUCUUUCCUAUCCACAGAAGAGUCAAGGGCGAAUUUCAUCGAAGCAGCAAAAAAACUUAAACAACGAAUUCAAAAAGAGGAAUCGAAAUUAAUAGAAAUCGAAAAAGAAUUAUUAAAAGAAGCAUUAAAAAUACCCAACGAUACACAUCCUAAUACUCCUAUUGGUAAGGAAGAAGAUGCCAAACUAAUUAAAAGAAUUGGGGAGUCAACACCCCCCGAGGGAGUUACAUCAUUAAAAGAUCAUUUAACGCUUUGUAAACAGUUGAACUUGAUAAAUUUGGAUCAAGCAUCAAAUGUCACGGGAUCAAGUUGGUAUUAUUUAAUGAAUGAAGGGGCUUUAUUAGAAUUAGCCUUGAUUCAAUAUGGAAUCGAGAAAGCCAUCCAAAAAGGGUUCAAACCUAUAAUUACACCUGAUGUAAUUAGAAAUGAAUUUAGUGAUGCAUGUGGGUUUCAACCAAGAGAUGAUGAAAACCUUUCACAAAACUAUUUUAUAUCGAAUGAAAGUUCACAAAAUUUAAUAUUAUCGGCAACGGCGGAAAUUCCAUUAGCAGGAUUAUAUUCAAAUAAAAUCUUAUCUCAUAAGGAAUUACCAAUCAAAUUGGUUGGAUUUGGUAGAGCCUUUAGAGCUGAAGCUGGUGCAAGAGGUCUAGAGACUAAGGGUUUAUAUCGCGUGCAUCAGUUUAGUAAAGUUGAAUUAUUCACUUUGACUGGACAUGAUCAAAGUGAUAGAAUGUUUGAGGAGAUCAUUGAAUUGCAAGAAGAAAUUUACAAGGAUUUAGGGUUAUGUUUUAGAGUGAUGGACAUGCCAACAAGCGAAUUGGGGGCGAGCGCAUAUCGUAAAUAUGAUAUGGAAGUUUGGAUGCCGGGUCGCGGAAAAUGGGGCGAGAUAUCUUCGGCGUCCAAUUGUACCGAUUAUCAAUCUCGUCGAUUAAAUAUAAGAUAUAAAUCUAACGUCACAGAAUUUGUUCAUACGCUAAACGGAACUGCAAUCGCCGUUCCUAGAUUAAUUAUAGCUUUAUUAGAAAAUUUUCAAAAGGACGAUGGAAGCGUUGCGAUACCAAAAGUAUUAAGAAAGUGGAUGGGCAAUAUGGAAGUUAUAAAAUAA